AUGUUUCUUACUAAAUUCUUAACACAACGCUCUCUAACUCCCAGUUAUAUUUUAUUUAAUAUUUCUCGAGCAUUACAAUAUCAAACAUCUACACGAAAAUCUACGGAAACUUAUCCAAAACAAAAUCUAAAACCUAAAUUUGAUGCUAUUAAUUUUGAACAUACAUUGAAACCAUACGCUGAAGAUUUGACACUAGAAAAUCAACAUGAAAAAUUAUCUAAUUUAAUAUUACCAUUAUCAAAUCAUUCAUAUGAUGAGCAAUUACAAAUUAAACAAGAUAUAAUUGAGCAAGUAUUUGAUCAAAUCGGUCGUGCUAUUCUAUGGGAUAAACGAGUUGAUAGUCAAGUUUUGAAAUAUGUCGAAUUUCAACAAGGAAAAUUUUGUCAUGUCGAAUCAAUUAUUCCAUCGCCUAUCAUUGAUCAUUAUCGAUGUAAAGAUGAUUUAUCAUGUGGUUAUGGAGUUGAUGGUCAAAAAACAAUUGGAUUUUAUAUUAAUCCAAGAAAUAGUAAAAAUUUUCCUAAUACUUUAUGUAUACCACCUAUGCAUUUAAAAAGUAUGAAAUCAAAACAUAUCCUGACACUGAAACAUUUUGAUCAAUUUCUUAAACAACAUCCAUUAUCUAUAUGUGAAAAUACAAAUAUAUUUAAAAAAGAUCAAUAUUGGCGUUCAAUAACAUUAAAAUCAAAUGAACAAAAUGAUUUGAUGAUGAACGUUAUUGUUCAUCCUCAAUCAUUCAGUAAGAAUGAAAUUGAUCAAAUGAAAAAAGAUCUAUUGAAUUAUUUUAUCGAUGGAUCAGGUCGUGAAUGUGAAAUUAAUUCAAUUUAUUUUCAAACAUGUGCUCAAAAUCGUUGUACAAGUGAAGAAGAUCCAUUUGAAUUAAUUUAUGGAAAUGAAUUUAUUUAUGAAAUAUAUAAUGAAAAAAAAUUUCGUAUUUCACCUGAAUCACUUUUACAUGUAAAUAAAAAAGCUGCAGAAUUAGUUUAUACAUCUAUAUUAGAACAUGCUCAAAUAGAUGAAAAUACAAUAGUAUUAGAUAUUGGAUCAGCCAUUGGUAUUUAUUCUAUAUUGGCUUCAUCAAUUGCUAAAAAAGUCUAUGCUAUUGAUCCUGUAACAUUAUGUAUUGAAGAUGGAAAAUUCAAUGCGAAAUUGAAUGGAUGUCGAGAUAAUAUUGAAUGGAUUUGUGGUUCUGCUGAAGUAAAUUUACAUCGAAUAUUAAAGAAAAUUGCUGAUUUACAUGGAGAUCAUUCUCGUAUUGUAGCUAUUGUUAAUCUAUCACGAUAUAGUCUAUCAAAUAGAAUGAUAACAAUACUUCGUAGUCUACCAUCUAUUCAACGAAUUCUUUAUGUAUCAAGUAAAUCCGAUGGACAAAUAAUGCAUAAUUUUUAUGAAUUAGCAGCUGGUGAACGAUCAAAAUUAAAACAAAUUGGUGCACCAUUUAUUCCUACUAGUAUCUAUCCGAUUGAUUCGUUACCACAUACAACACAUGCUGAAACUAUUGUGAACUGUGUUAGAGUAUAA